UAAUAAGACAAAGCAACAUGGCGAUGGGAAGGAGGCACUCGUACACCCCCAGGUUGAGCAGCAGUCUGCUAUCCAGCAUGAGUUCGGACGGGGGUGGCCGUCCCGCCAAGGUGGGCUCCCGCGUGGAGGUGAUCGGGAAGGGCGAGCGCGGCACGGUGGCGUACGUGGGCGCCACGCUCUUCGCCACGGGCAAGUGGGUGGGCGUCAUCCUGGACGAGGCCAAGGGCAAGAACGACGGCACGGUGCAGGGCAAGCGCUACUUCACCUGCGAGGAGAACCACGGCAUAUUCGUACGCCAGUCACAGAUCCAGAAUCUUGAUGAGGGAGGCAGCUCUGCCACGUCUCCUGAUACCCCUGACUCCGGGAUCGCCAAGCUGCCCACCAAGAAAGAGGUUUCCGAGACCCCAAAGCCAGGCAAACAGACUCCGUCUGCAGGCCAGGCUGGCCGUAGGGCGUCUGCCCUGCUGGAGGCUAGUGAGCCUGCCACCCCGUCCCAGACGGCUAUCGGUGCUCCCGUGGUACCCGCCCCCCCUGGCACCCCCGCCCCCUCAGGGGCAGCACCAGCCCCCGCCACACCCAGCAAGGAGGAGGAGGCUCUGCGUGCCCAGGUGAAGGAUCUGGAAGAGAAACUGGAGACCCUGAAGGUGAAGCGUCAGGAGGACAAGGCCAAACUGAAGGAGCUGGAGAAGCACAAGAUCCAGCUGGAGCAGCUGCAGGAGUGGAAGAGCAAGAUGCAGGAGCAGCAGAACGACCUGGCCAGACAACUCAAGGAGGCCAAGAAGGAGGCUCGGGACGCUCUGGAGGCUAAGGACCGCUACAUGGAGGAGAUGGCGGACACGGCGGACGCCAUCGAGAUGGCCACGCUGGACAAGGAGAUGGCGGAGGAGCGGGCCGAGUCCCUGCAGCAGGAGGUGGAGGGUCUGAAGGAGAAGGUGGAGGAACUCACCAUGGACUUGGAGAUCCUCAAGCACGAGAUCGAGGAGAAAGGUUCGGAUGGAGCUGCCUCCAGUUACCACGUCAAGCAGUUGGAGGAACAGAACAGCCGGCUGAAGGAUGCCCUGGUCAGGAUGCGUGACCUGUCAGCGUCUGAGAAGCAGGAGCACGUGAAGCUCCAGAAGCAGAGCGAGAAGAAGAACGCGGAGCUGGAGACACUCAGGACCCAGAAGGACAAACUGGUGGAGGACAUCAAGCAGGCCGAGGGCACCAUAGACGAACUGAAGGAACAGGUGGAUGCUGCGUUGGGUGCUGAGGAGAUGGUGGAGACUCUGACUGAGAGGAACUUGGACCUGGAGGAGAAGGUCAGAGAGCUGAGGGAGACUGUCAGCGACCUGGAAGCGAUCAACGACAUGAACGAUGAGCUUCAGGAGAACGCUCGUGAGACGGAGCUGGAGCUGCGGGAGCAGGUGGACCUGAGUGGGGCCCGCGUCAGAGAGGCCCACAAGCGGGUCGAGGCCGCACAGGAGACCCUGGCAGACUACCAGCACACCAUCAACAAGUACCGCGAGCUCACCACACAACUACAGGAGGUGAAUCGUGACUUGACCAGUCAGCAGAGUGCCUCAGCAGAGCAGCCUCAGCAGCCGCCAGCAGAACUCUUCGACUUCAAGAUCAAGUUUGCAGAGACCAAAGCCUACGCCAAGGCUAUUGAGAUGGAGUUGAGGAAGAUGGAGGUGGGCCAGGCCAACAGGCAGGUGUCUCUGCUGACCUCCUUCAUGCCCGACUCCUUCCUGCGUCACGGGGGAGACCACGACUGCAUCCUGGUGCUCCUCCUCAUCCCACGGCUCAUAUGCAAGGCGGAGUUGAUCAGCAAGCAGGCUGUGGAGAAGUUUGACCUGAAUGGCAACCUGCAGGAGCGUCCGGGCAUGAAGGGGUCCACCGGGGAGCAGCUGAGCUUUGCGUCGGGACUCGUCUACUCGCUCAGCCUCCUGCAGGCCACCCUGCACAAAUACGAACAGGCCCUGAGCCACUGUAGUGUGGAGGUGUAUAAGCGUAUCGGCACGCUGUACCAGGAGAUGAGUGUUCACGAGCGCUCGCUGGACUUCCUCAUCGACCUGCUGCACAAGGACCAGCUGGACGAGACCGUGCAGGUGGAGCCCCUCACCAAGGCCAUCAAAUACUACCAGCAACUGUAUAGCAUCCACCUGUCUGAACAGACUGAGGACUGCACCACUCAACUGGCUGAUCACAUCAAGUUUACCCAGAGUGCUCUGGACUGCGUGGUCGUUGAGGUGGGGCGUCUGCGUGCGUUCCUGCAGGCCGGCCAGGAGGGGGCGGAGCUGAGCGUGCUCCUCAAGGACUUGGACACCUCCAGCGGCGACAUCCGCCAGUUCUGCAAGAAGAUCCGCCGACGCAUGCCAGGCACGGACGCCCCGGGCAUCCCCAACGCCCUGGCAUUCCCCCCACAGGUGUCUGAGAUCCUUGCGGAGUGUCGUAAGCAGUUGACGCGCGUGGUGGCAGUGCUACAGGAAGUGGCGGCCUCAGGAGCCCAGAUGGCCGCGCCCCUCGCCGAACAGGAGGGGCUCCCCGCCCUUAGACUGGAGGAUGAGGCAUUCAAGGCAGUGGAGCAGGUGUACGGUGCUCAUGGUCUGAAUGCGCGGGAGUGUCUUCGCCAGUCAUGUGCCGCCGUCAUCGCAACCAUGAACAAGAUGGCUACCGCCAUGCAGGAGGGAGAAUACGACUCUGACAAGCCUCAACGCCCGGCUCCCCCGGUGGAGAGUCGUGCGGCCGCCUUCCGGGCAGAGCUGACGGACGCGGAGGGACUCGGCCUGAAGCUGGAGGACAGAGAGACGGUCAUCAAGGAGCUCAAGAAGAGCCUCAAGAUCAAGGGAGAGGAGUUGAGUGAGGCGAGUGUUCGUCUGAGUCUGCUUGAGAAGAAGCUGGACACCUCCACCAAGGACGCAGACGAGCGCGUGGAGAAGAUCCAGACACGCCUGGACGAGACCCUGGCCUUACUCAAGAAGAAGGAGAAGGAGUUUGAGGAGACCAUGGAUGCUCUGCAGGCCGAUAUCGACCAGCUGGAGGCGGAGAAGGCGGAGCUUAAGACGAGGCUGGGCAACCAAUCGCGUGCCACCAUCGAGGGCCUACGGGCACCCCCCGCAUCUGGCAUCGCAUCCAUCGUCACAGGAACCGCCACCAGUGGUGUGGCUGCCAGUCUGGUGUCUGGGGCCGGUGCCCUGCAGGUGGUGGACAGUCCUCUACUGAGGCAGCAGAUCGAUGCACAGAGGCUGGCCAUCAAGCACCUGAAGAACGACAACAACCGCAUGAAGGCGGAGAAGAUGCGUGCCCAGCUGGCCUCUCUGCCCCCACUGCACGUGCCCAAGAUGGCGCUGCACAAAGAGGAGAAGGAGGGCGUGGCCAAGGAGGCAGGGGGCGUGACGUCUCUCCCGGAGGCCGGCCCUGAUUCGCUGUACCGCAAGACGGACACCCUGCUCAGCAGCCUGCUGAAGAUGAGUGCAGCCAUACGCGUAGUGGACGUGACCGGCAAGACUACAGCCAGUCCCAGUGCCCAGUUGUUGCAGCAAACCGCUCAGCUGCAGUCCCUGAGUGACGCUCUGGACAAACUCAAGGGUGAGGUGGCUGAGCAUGUCAUUGCCAAGCAGCCUGGUGCUCGAGUGCCCUCCGACUUUGCCACUUUCCCCUCCUCUCCCUUCGUCAAGGCUAAGGAGGAGAGGAAGGCUGGCACGGUGCUGGUUGGCAAGGUGUUGAUCCCGUGUGCGCGUGGCCAGGAGCGCUCCCACAGCCUCGUCCUAUCACAGCAGCAGCUGCAGCAGGUGCACCGCCUCCUCAUGACCUAGACCGCACUCCCAUUGGUCCACGCUGAGGAGUGACACUCCUAUCCUCCAAUCAGAGGCACCAACGCACCCUGAAGAGCUCACUGUUAUCCAAUCCUGACUUUCCCCCAACACUACAACUCAAGGCUUCCACCACAGCUGUCUCAGAAACGCGUUUCUAUCCCAUCAUUUCUCUUAGGCUCAGGAAACAAAUCGAGAUAAUAAACAGGUCUGUGCGAUCCAAGCCAAAGAGCUACACAGUGGAACUUUUUCCAAUUAAAAAUCAAACUUUUCUACACUUUUUACACGUCUCUUCUCAGAAUAAACAGGCACUUGAACACAA